AUGCGGUGGACGGAUCUUUUCCUCCUCGUCGCAGCAACCACCACAGUCACGGCUACCUCCUUGUUCCCUCUCGGACGCCCAAUCAGUACCGGCUACGGCUACGUGCGCAGUCCCGACCGCUCCGUGUCCCUCACGUCGCCUCGACCACACGAUGUCCUGGACGUGGCCCAGCUGCCCAGGGAGUUUGACUGGCGCAGCGUUAAUAACACGCGCUACGUGACGAUCUCACGGAACCAGCACAUUCCGCACUACUGCGGCUCCUGCUGGGCCUUUGCGGCCACGUCAGCACUAGCUGAUCGCAUCCACAUUGCCAAGGCCCGUCAUUCAAGAAACCAGUCACCUGUAGAGGUGCAUCGAGAAGUGGUGCUCUCGCCACAGGUGCUACUGAACUGUGACAUGAAGGACAGCGGCUGCCAUGGCGGGGACCAAUUGGAAGCUUAUCGCUAUAUGAAGCAGCACGGCGUGCCGGAAGAAGGGUGCCAACGGUACGCAGCUACGGGACAUGAUACAGGCAAUACGUGCACGGACACGGACGUGUGCGAGAACUGCUUGCCUGUUAAAGGCUGUUUCCCACAGAAGACGUACGACAAGUACUAUGUGUCUGAGUACGGGACGACUCUUGGGGAAGAGCAGAUGAUGGCGGAGAUUUACGCUCGUGGUCCAAUUGCGUGUACUGUUGCAGUUACAGACGAGUUCCUUGCGUACACAGGUGGACUCUUUGAUGACAAGACGAAUGCGACGGAGGUGGAUCACGCAAUUUCUAUUGUUGGAUGGGGACACGAGAAUGGAGUGCCGUUCUGGGUCCUCCGCAAUAGUUGGGGCAGUUUCUGGGGUGAAGAUGGCUGGAUGCGUCUCAGAAGGGGGGUGAACAAUCUAGGCAUCGAAGGCGAGUGUGCGUUUGGAGUGCCGAAAGAUGACGGCUGGCCAACCACCAUAACUGCUGAAGAUGAUCGGAACGAGAAAGAGGACGAAGACGGUCUUCAGGUGGAGGAGUCGGAACUAGGCGGCUGUCGACAAAAGCUUCAUUUUCCAGGCGGUGAACGCGUGAUUUCGCAGUUGCCUCACGAAACGAUGGAGCUCAAGGAUCUUCCGAAGACAUGGGACUGGCGUAAUGUCAACGGCAAAAACUACGUGACGUGGGACAAGAAUCAACACAUUCCAAAGUAUUGCGGAAGCUGCUGGGCUCAGGGCACGACCAGCGCUUUGUCGGAUCGCAUCUCCAUUUUGAGAAAUGCAUCUUGGCCGGAAAUUGCAUUGUCGCCUCAGGUCCUCAUUAAUUGCCACGCUGGCGGCACUUGUAAUGGCGGCAAUCCUGGUAUGGUGUACGAGUAUGCACACCGCCAUGGUAUCCCUGAUCAAACGUGCCAAGCCUAUCGGGCGACGAAUCAGUUGUGCGACCAGUUCGCCAUUUGUGAAACCUGCUGGCCGUCAAAGGAGUCAUUCUCCCCUGGCGUAUGCGAACCGAUCAAGAAAUUCACGAAGUACUUCGUCUCUGAGUAUGGCUCUGUCAGUGGUGUCAAUCACAUGAAGGCGGAGAUCUACAAGCGCGGUCCUAUUGGUUGUGGAGUGCACGCCACGAAGAAGUUUGAGGCGUAUACUGGCGGCAUCUACUCCGAGCAUAUCAUGUUCCCUUUCAUCAACCACGAGAUAUCGGUAGCUGGCUGGGGUUAUGACGAGGAGACGGCCACAGAAUACUGGAUUGGGCGCAACUCGUGGGGGACGUAUUGGGGUGAGAACGGCUGGUUCCGCAUUCAAAUGCACCGCAACAAUCUUGGCAUCGAGAAGGAAUGCGACUGGGGCGUGCCGAUCCCGGACGGCUCGAAGCCUGCGGACUUUGUCGUGUCGAUUGACUACCAGGGCAAUGAAGAGGCUAUUGGUGUGACCGCGGCUAGCUUCCUGCACGGAAGUGACGGUGUCAUUUAG